CCUUUAUAGAGUCGCCCAUCUUGCGUUUCUCUCGCUAGCGCUCACGUUCACGUUCACGUUCAUAUCCUCGGGCAAGAACCGCCAUCACAUCACCCAUCCUCAUCUCACCCCUGCGCUUUGGCUUACCGUAUCCGACCGCAAGCUCUCGGUUCCCUUGUGUUCCCCCGCUGUUCUGAAUCGAUUUCACCGCGACCACCAUUAUCCCACUGGGAUUUCGUUUCGCCUAAGCGGUCGUACAAUGAUUGCGCGAUUGCCGGCUUCAUUUAUCAUCUAAUCUAUACCUAUCUCCGCCAUUUCCGGCGUUUUCGAGGCGACAGCAAGGGCGCGGGGACAAUACUCGGCAUACCCCCCCUCUCGUCUGGUCCAAACUUCUCUGCUUUUUCUCUGGUGCCUGGAUAGAUACGCAUCGCUUCUAAACUAGGGUGCUUCCUUGACUUGUGCGCUCUCGCUCUCGCGCUUUUUCCGACCCCGAAUUUGGUGCCUCGACCCAGGUUCUAGGCGCGUAAACGUUCCGGACUGGCCAUCAUGUUCCGCAACAGGCGCAAUUCCCAGAAGCCCAACGAGGAGUUGAUUCAGCGAUUCCAACGCAACUUCUGUGAUGUUGUCGCUCCGACAACUACCAUCGGCGCUGCUGCAGGCGUCACCCAGCAGCUUCCACUGGGCCAUGGGCUCCCAAAAUUUUCCAUGGAUGCGGACAUGAAGCUUGAUUCUAUUCCGGCACCACCCACGCAUUUCAUGGCUCCCAUGGUCGACCCCAACUCGGUUCAAUUCGUAAACCCACUCAACCACCUUCAUGGAUACUAUACUCCGAAUUCUGGGAACUUGAGCGCUGGAUAUCACAGUCCGGCCGGUGAUCUUCACACGCCUGGGAUGGGAUUAAGCAUGAUCACGCCUUUGUCUCUUUCUCAGCAGGGCCCGAUUCCCGCAAACCAUGCGGGCAUGCAUAUUGACCCAUUCAGCCAGCAGUUUAUCUCGCCGCAUUUUCAGAACCCUCAACCAUUCGCGCCGCAGGUAUCUUUCGCACCCAGUGAAUUCGUUCAAGGCGAUCUUGCGUUCGAAGCCGUCGAUGACUCCGUUGAUGAAGGCUCUUUAAAUGAUGUCGACAUGCAGGGCGCCGCUCAAUCGCAGAUGGCCUCAGCGGUACGGAUUUCUGAGCAGCAGGAACUACAGAUUCCAGGCGAAAAUUUCCGUUAUAACGUUACCUUGAGAGCUCCGACAGCUAUGAUCAACCAUCAAAAUGAAAUUCCCGUCACAUACCUCAACAAAGGACAGGCUUACUCUUUGUCCGUUGUUGAUACUGCGCCGCCGCAAACGACCUCACAGCCCGUUAAGUAUAGGACAUUCGUUCGCGUUUCGUUCCAAGAUGAUGAACAGCGAUCAAAACCUGCAGCUUGCUGGCAGCUCUGGAAAGAAGGGCGAGGAACGAGCGAAGCGCACCAGAGAGGAGGAAAGCUGCAAGCCGUUGAGUUCGUUGAUCCGACUCAAGGAAAUGUGGAGGACCAGAAGAACCGGCAGAUCCAGCUUGAGAGUUCAUCCUUUGAUGGAUUCUGCGUGACGUGGACCGCUAAUCCGACAACUAAGGCGUCUGACUGCGCCAUAUCUGUCCGUUUCAACUUCUUGUCUACCGACUUCAGCCACUCCAAGGGUGUGAAAGGUAUUCCGGUCAGAUUGUGCGCGAAGACGGAAAUGGUGGCUGGUGGCUCCACUGGAGAGUCCAGCAAUGAAGCAGAAGUAUGUUUCUGCAAAGUCAAGCUUUUUCGUGACCACGGAGCCGAGCGGAAGCUAUCCAAUGAUGUUGCCCACGUCAAAAAGACGAUCGAGAAGCUGCGGCAACAGAUUCAGCAGUCCGAGAUGGGUGCUGGCAAUUUUGGCAAGCGCAAGCGUAGCAGUGCCGCUGUCGGUUUCAAGAGCUCGGAGGCACGCCCCGCAAAGCUAUUUAAGCAUAAGCGCACGUUAUCCAUGAGCUCGCAGGAUGGCGCCGGUAAGAUGAGCGUUGCAGAUGACCUGCAUGAGAAGCUUGCGUUGCUGCAGGACAUGUUCUCAUCCACCAGGCCCGUCAGCGUUUUCAGUCUACGAGGCGACGAACAGGACGAUCCUGAUUUGUACCCAGUGCAGCUCCCAGAAUCACGAGAUUUCAUCAAAAAGGAAUUUCGCGGCGCCCGUCAUAUCAGUCUUGAUCGAGCUGCUUUGCAAGAAGUUUCGCCCACCAGCAGUCACAUGUCUAUCAGCUCGCCUUGCAACCCAAUGCAGGCAAGUGUAUUCUACGAUUCCGAGUACUCACGGCAGUCAUCCGAGGUUCCGGACAACUCUGGGUUUCUGAAACACCCAGUGAAAGUCCAGAAGAUCCCUUCAGGGAAUGGCGGCACACCCACUGGCUACAUUGAGGCGGUUGAUAUUGAUCCAACAUAUCGACCGCCCGCUGAACGACGACCCAGACCGAUUGCAUGCUUCUAUGUUCGUUUCCCGCGGAACGGCCAGAGCCAGGAUGAUUACUACCGCGCGGUGUAUCUCACCGAGCGUACAGUGCGUGACUUGAUGGAGAAGAUCUCCAUGAAACAGCGGAUAGAUCCUCAACGCAUCAUCCGUGUGCUUCUCGUUAAGGAAAAUGGACUCAGGAUCAUGGUUGACGAUGAUGUUGUUCGCGAACUCCCUGACGGACAGGACAUGGUUGCUGAGAUUUCCGAAACGGCGGCGUACGAUGCAUCAGAUACGCCUUCUCCAGUCGAGGUGAAACUGAGAUACUAAGUUCUCUAACAAGAUUGGUGACUUGUAUUUGCUUGAGUUCGGUCCUACUUCUGGUUCACAUUCGGAGCGAAAAAUAUACCUCUUUGGUCCUCGUUUGCGUGCGCCUGGUGCGCUUCAGGAGGCGUGGAUUUGAUGUUUCACGGCCUUAUUUUAUUUUUUGCCCUUUGUUCUUCGGUCAUCUCCUUUUGCGGCGUUUGGGACAUUUACAACUUUUAAUGCGGCCAUCUCGGGGCGUUGGAUACGGGGAUAAUAAACGAGUUCCCGGGCAAUGAUACCCUCCUUUUUAUAUGGACGGCAGUAUU